AUUGCUGGUUAUUUCUUGGGCCAUUCAGAGGUGGACAGAUAUAGUGAACACAACUGCAAUGCGACAGAGACAUUUCUGAAAAAAACUGCUGACAUUACUGAAUUUGCAUGCUGUUGGAAAUCCAAGAAGAAUGAAAUAUCAGGCCAUAUUUUGUAUUUUCCUGCAGCUAACGACUGAGUUCUCUUCAUGUACAUAUCUCCGGGUGUUAUCUGGUUCCACACUGGAACUUCCAUGUCUUUCAUACCAGCCAGAUUUCACAGAAACAGCAAUCACCUGGACACAUAACGGCAAAAAUGUUGUCAGCACUCAGUCCUCUACUCAGUCCCUGACCUCUCCCGUAAUUAAAAAGGAAGUCUUGAUCCUGUCUAUACCUCAAGUAACUGUUGCCAGUGAGGGCGAGUAUGUGUGUUUGGUGAAGAAAAACAACAUGGAGACUAGAAGGACAUACACCGUCACUGUCAUUGCUCCAGUGGACUAUGCAACUGAAGUGAAGGAGGGUUCCACCAUUCACCUCCCAUGCCAUUUUCCACUUUCUCGUCAAGUCUUGGCCAAUGCACUUUGGUUUAAAGAGAUGAAAAGUGGUGAAAUGUCACCGCUGAAUUUUUCUGAGGAUUCAUCGGGUGUUGAAAGGCAACUUGAAAGGCUGUAUCCAUUUGACAAUGAUCAAACCAUUAUACUCAGAAACACUGUCCUGGAGGAUGCUGGAGUUUACCACUGUGAAUCUGCUGAGGGUGAAAAACUCAGCAUUGUACACCUUACUGUCAAUGUUGAUCCUGCCUCUGUUCCACACUCCUGCAGUAACUUUCCUUCAGAAUGGGAGCCUUGUCCAAAUGGAAGCAGCCACAUAUCGAAAAUCAUGCUGGAGGAAUCCAUUGCAGAGUUUUCCAUAAAGCUAUUUUCCUAUCUUAGAGAAUCACAUCACGUUACCAACUUACUUUUCUCUCCUAUGAGCAUCAGUGCUGUGCUUUCACACUUGUUGUUAGGUGCAAGGGGUGACACCCGUAGAGCCCUUGAGUCAGCAAUCUAUGUGCCCCAUGACUUCCACUGUGUGCAUUUCCAGAUGAAGAAAUUGAGAGAGAAAUUGGCUAGCUCUUUGGAGAUAGCAUCGCAGAUCUACUAUAACCAACGCAUGAAACUGAGUAAAGCUUUUGUUCAACAAUCGAUUGAGUUCUAUGAAGCAGAGCCCAUCAGGUUGCUGAAUAACAGUGAGGAAAAUACACAAAUGAUCAACAGCUGGGUGGCGAAUAAGACCAACAACAAAAUCACAGAUUUGGUUGGGUCUGUACCAGCUAAUACCCAGGUCAUCUUAGUCAAUGCUGUCUCUUACAGUGGUCAGUGGAAACUACAGUUUGAAAAAACCGUGGAAGGACAAUUCACAAAACUCAACGGAGACAUAGUAAAUGUGACUGUCCUCCACCACGAGAGUUAUUUGAUGACUAUGACAUACGUCAGUCAGAUUAUGGCAGAGGUAGCAAGAUUUCCUCUCACAGGUGAAAACAGUCUGUAUAUUUUGUUGCCUCUCAGCAACAAAUUAUCUGACCUGCAGACAGUAGAGGAAAAGAUAACAGACAAAACCUUGUGGAAAAUGAUAACAUACAUGAAAACAUUACGUCCUCAGCAAGUUGAAGUCACUAUCCCUAAACUCGAACUGGAUGACGAGGCAGAUAUGAACACACUUAUGAAGAAAUUAGGACUGUCAUCACUCUUCGAAGGUGCCAAGCUGUGUGGACUCGACUCUGAAGACAUGGUGGUUUUGGAUGAUGGCAGACACAGAGCUUUCCUUGCACUGACUGAGUUUGGUGUAGAGACUGGAGCUGCCACCUCGCUGUCAUUCUCUCGCUCCUUGCCUUCCUUUUCUGCCAUGCAUUCUUUUAUCUUGCUGCUUUGGAGUGAUGAGGCCAAUGUGCCACUUUUUAUUGGGAGAGUGACUGAGCCAUGAAUGAGUGAGACAGACAGAAUGAGCAGGAAGAAACAAACACUGUUAAUUUGGAAA